AUUCAUGGAUGGGACUGCAAUAACAUAGCUGAAAACUUAAUUAUAAAAACUAAAAGAGGAAAAAGAAGAGCUAUAGAAUGAUGUCCAAGAAGAAAGGACUGUCGUGGCUCAAAUGUAAUCAGAAUUAGCACAACUUAAAUAAUAAUAAUAAAUGUAAGGAGGGUAAUUGCGAGAUAAAGAAUUAGCACUUUAGGAUUACAAUCGUAUGAUUAAGGAAAGUGAAACUAUAUUGAAAAAGUUAAUUGAAACAUCUAGUAAUUUUUUAAAGACCUUGGAAGGGGAAACAAGUAAGUUAAAGAAUCAAAAAAAAUGAAAAUAUCAAAAAAU